AUGGGGACCUUGAAUUCGCAGGCGUUGAAUUCUGCUCUUGUUGUCGGAAACUUCAUUAUGCUCAAGAAUGAAAUUGAAAAGCGAUACUAUUGCAGAAGAACUUGUGAAAGGCUUGACGAAGAUACCUGUAGUGAAACGAUUCGGCAAACAGGGCGACCGGACUACUACUGCGAGGAAUAUAUAAUCAUGCUCAAAUUGGCCUUGUCAGUGAUAAGCAUCUUGCUUCAAGUAAUGUACGGCUUCUUUGAAAUCUCUCUUCUUGUCGAAAAGAAACAGGACGAAGACGCUGGUUUGACUGAAGAAGAGAUCGAAGAAAAGGGAAAAAAGAGGUUGAAAACGAGUUUUACUUCUGGAACCGUAGCACUGUUUAUUUCCGUGGUGAAUUACUUCAUCGCUGCUUUUGAAUAA